AUGACGGUCAAGGUAUCCGAGUCCGAUUCUCAGCUGGUGUCUGUGCCUACGAGCGAAAGCGCGCCAUGGACGAAUCUGAUCCAAUCCAGCGUGCCGGGGCUAAGCUUCCUGUUUGAGGUCACCGGCAAGCCGUGGACUGCAGGGCUUGGGGUACUGGGGCUUGUCCUCGCAGCGACCAUUGCUGGGCUGCUUGGGUUUGGUGGAGGAAUGCGGGACAGAGUUCGUGGGAGCGAGAAUUAUAAUUAUUACGCGGACUUCCAAGGACGGAGUGGUACCACCAGACACAGCAACUGCCCCUCAUCUGCCACUGAGAUCAUCGAUUGUCCCUCAACUUUUUAUUCUUCACUCCACCCCGAUUAUAAUCCCCGUUGCGACUCUCCAUUUACUUGCACUUCUUCGUACACUUCCACUUGCGCCAAUCCUCAAAACAUCCUCUCCUCUUCUUGUAUAUCUUCCUCCUCCCCCGCCGGCAUGAUCAUGGCUGCUCCCGGCCCCUCUCUCGACGCCGCGUUGCGGGUAGCACGCGAGUUCGACCUCCCCUCCGACCAGGUACAGCGCGGGGUUGACGAGUUUCUUAACCAGAUGGCUGAGGGCCUGGCAAAGAAUGGCACUACUCUCAGUCAGAUUCCUACAUAUGUGACCAGUGUUCCCAAUGGCACUGAAAAGGGCCUGUAUUUGGCCGUCGACCUCGGUGGUACCAACUUCCGGGUCUGUUCUAUCAACCUCCGUGGUGAUAGCACUUUCGACCUCACACAAAACAAAGUCGCAAUUCCCCGAGACAUGAUGGUCGCUCCCUCAUACAAGGAAUUAUUCAAGUUUCUCGCCACUCAGAUCGAAAUUUUCCUCGAACAACACCACAACGACCACUUUGAAGCCACCGUCCGAAGACGCCGCUUGACUGGCACUACCGAUCAAUAUCGCCGCGAAGAGAUCUUCGACCUUGGGUUCACCUUCAGUUUCCCCGUUCACCAGACAUCUAUCAACAGAGGUACCCUGAUCCGAUGGACGAAAGGGUUCGACAUUCCCGAUGCCGUCGGAAAGGAUGUCUGUUUGAUGCUUCAAGAUGCCAUCAAUGAACUCCACCUUCCUGUCCGAGUGGCAGCUUUGGUCAAUGAUACCGUCGGCACAUUGAUGGCUCGUUCUUAUACUUCUCCGGGCAAAACCGAGACCCUGCUCGGUGCUAUUUUCGGCACCGGAACCAACGGCGCCUACGUUGAGAACCUCGACAAAGUGACAAAACUCGAUGUUAAGAACGACAGAACAAUUGACAAGACCAAAAACCAAAUGGUCAUCAACACGGAAUGGGGUAGCUUCGAUAACCAUCUCAGCGUCCUUCCGAAUACCAUAUAUGAUCAGCAACUAGAUGCAGAAUCAGUCAACCCCGGUAUCCAAAUGUUCGAAAAGCGCGUGUCGGGCAUGUUUUUGGGAGAGAUUCUUCGCCGUGCUAUUUUAGCCUUGACCCAGGAUUCCGAGGCCAAGCUGCUACAGAAUGAUGGUAGCUCGAUACCUUCCGGCUCGCCGCUGUAUCAGACCUGGGGCAUUGACACCAGCUUUUUGAGUAUUAUUGAAGCAGACAACACCCCCGAUCUUGCCGUGACAAAGAUUGCCUUGUUUGAGCACUUCAAUGUGGACAAUGCCACUACCGAUGAUGCACAGGCAGUCAAAGCAAUUGGUCAUGCUAUCGCAAAACGUGCCGCUCGUCUUAGUGCCAUAGCUCUUGCCGCCAUUCUCAUAGACACUAAGCGGAUAGACACGGACGAGACUGUCGAUAUCGGUGUUGAUGGCAGUCUUGUAGAAUUCUACCCCAAGUUUGUGGACUAUAUGCGAGAAGCCUUGCGAGAAGUCAAGGGUAUUGGCGAGAAGGAGUCAAAAGUAAAAAUUGGUAUCGCUAAAGAUGGCAGUGGAGUUGGUGCAGCUCUUAUUGCAUUAGUCGCUCACAAGGAACAUGCCAUGGGCUCACGAUGA